UCUCCCGGGGGACAGAUAGACAGGCGGCGGAGGAGGUGUACGGAAGACUCGGGGUAUGGUCAUGGCUCUGGUCACCGUACAGCUGUCCUCGGCGGACGGGGGGGCGGAGCCCACUCCUCUGCAGGAAGAUGCGAAAAACCGAAGAAAACGCAUGCAGAGAAGACAGAGCUUUGUCAUGGUCAAAGGGGCUGCCCUAUUACUCCAGUUUGAGGAGGAGCCAGAAGAGGUUAAAAAGCCAGAACCCUCACAGACUGCUGGCCCUAGUGAGCAGGAGCUUCAUUUACAGGCCAUGCUGAGACUUCUACGGGCCGAGGACACUUUAAAACUGGCUGUCCGGCUGGAGCCUGUCCGGUCCUGUCUAACCAGAUAUCUGUUAGUGGUUUCCUCUGUGGGAAGGACCAAUGAGGAACAGACCAUUCUGCUGGGUGUUGACUUUCCGCAUGAUGGCUCUGACGCCUGCACCAUUGGCUCCGUUCUGCCGAUAUGGAGUAAUACACAGGUCUUCAUAGAUGGAGAUGGCGGAUUCAGCGUUACAAUCGGGAUGGAUGUCCGGUCAUUUAAACCUAUAUCUGUUCAAACAAUGUGGUCUCUUCUUCAGGUGCUCCACAAAGCCUGCGAAGCGGCAGAGUUCUCUAACUACAUCCCCGGCAACUUUGUCCAUUGUGGGCUGGCAUAUUACCAGGAUCACCGAUGUUCACCCCAGAACUGCGUUAACGUUUGGGCAGCCACAGCAGACCUAACCUCUGUGCGGAGAGAUGCCACCACCAAAGAGAGAGAGGAGAAUGAGAAGAUCAUCCGAAGAAAACUGCGAGAUAUCUUGCGGGAAAGCGACCUUGAGAAUAUAACAUCUAAGCAGGUCCGGAAUGCUCUGGAGCAGCAUACACAUUGCAAUUUGCAGGAUUACACCGAGUUCAUUGAUAACGAGAUGAUAAUGAUCCUGGCACAAAUGGACCGGCCCUCAGAGAUCUUCCCCUACUUGUAUUUGGGUUCUGAAUGGAACGCUUCAAAUUUGGAAGAACUUCAGAAGAAUAGGGUUACACACAUACUUAACGUCACUCGAGAAAUUGACAACUUCUUCCCCGAGACUUUCAAAUAUAUAAAUAUUAGAGUUCUGGAUGAAGAGAGCACCAACCUUCUGCCGUACUGGAAAGAGACCCACAGAUUUAUUUCCACCGCCAAACGCCAGGGUACAUGCGUGCUUGUGCACUGCAAGAUGGGGGUGUCUCGCUCUGCCUCCACAGUGAUUGCUUACGCCAUGAAGGAGUAUGAGUGGACGCUGGAACAAGCUUUAAAACACGUCAAAGAGAGGAGGAGCAUCGUUCAACCGAAUGCUGGAUUCAUGCGACAGCUGCAGACAUACCAGGGCAUCUUGGGAGCAAGUAAACAGCGGCACAGUUAUUUGUGGGACCCCAGCUCUGCCCCUGCCAUUUCCAGGUACCCCAGCCCCCCGGAUUCUCUGGCUAACCUACCCUCUGGCCCUAAACAGAAGAUGAACCUGCGUUUCCUUAUGAGGUCCAUCAGCGAGAUGGAUGUUACUGACUCCACCUCUGAAUCAAUAGACAAGCCCGUUGAAAGAGAGCGGAGUGCCUCGGAGGAAGGCAGCAGCCAACUGGAAGACUUUGACAAUGUGCGUUCUGAAAGCGAGGACAGCCUAGCGAAACAAAUGGAUGACACCGUGGGUCCUGACAGCGAGGACAGCCUAGCCAAUCAACUGGAUAGUGUGUCAUCCAUGGAUGACAGCCUGCUGGAGACCAAUGAUAAUUCUAUGGAUCAAGACGAGAGCAUUAGUGAGGUCCACCCAGAUGACCAAGAUGGAGAAUUGGCAGAAUCCUCCACAAACAACAUCAGAAAAUGUACUGCAACGCAUGAGGAGAGCACAUCAAUGGAUGAGGUGUUCACUCCUCACUCUCCGUCCACCCGCCCCCAAUCCUCAGCAGCCCGUAGAAGGUCAAUGCGCAAAAAGAAGCUUAUAUCCCAGCAGCCGGUAGAGACCACGCGGGCAAGCCUUCCGUCACAGUCCGAGUCCGUGGCAGGGCUUCAAGUAGCGGGACUUGUAUCUAAGCGUCUGCAGGAAGUAGAGCAACUAGGCCGCAAGUCCCGGGUCAUGCGACAGGGCAACGUCGGCGAGGUGGCAGAGGAAUCGUAGACCUUUUCAAGGCUUCCCUGUCUUAUGGCCAGGAGAUGCAGGACGCUAUUUCACCUGGGCGAUCAUAUUUUUAUAUUUUUGUAAAAAAGAAAUUCUUUUAUUUUUCCAUUUCCACAUCAAGCAGACAGCGGAAGUUUGGGAAGAAGUGACUCAGGGACGGUAUUCACGUUUUAUACCUGGUUAUUCGUAAAAC